AUGCCAGAAACCCCGCGCACACCUCGCCGGACCUCUACAGCACGUCGUGAUGCUGCCCGUACUCAAGAGACCGCGGCCGCCCCUCCCAAGACAAGACCGCAUACUAUGUAUGAAUCCUCCUCCGUCCAGGAUCGCAUUCGUCAAUGGCAAGCACAGGGUGCAGCAAACGCUCUUGACCCGGACGCUUUGAGUGUUCGCUCUAUUCCACGCUCCAAUGCCAGCGCCGAAGCUUCACGAGCUACGACACCCGUCGCAGAACCACCGAAAUCCGUUCCUAUACGACAAAGCAGAUGGACUGUACCAGAGGUCGACGCUCCAUCCAAGGACAGAGGUUCACGUAGCUCAAGCGCACCACGAAAGCGCGUCAUAAGCGAUGACCAUUGGAAAGCCAAAAUGGGAUCGUCUCCGGGGUCUCCAAGAACAGUCCGACAAAAAGACAUCGUCACGCCUCACUACGACAUGACCUACACAUCAACCAAGCGUCGAGAAGAGCGAGAGGCCAAAAGAGAGCGCAGACGACGUGACAGACUGUCCAAGGACAAUGCUGCCGAUCUCGACCGCGUAUCCGCACAUGAUGCCCCCAAGGACCUUAAUGCAUAUAUUGACCAAGAACUUGCCGAGCGGCUCGCAACGACACCAGAGACUUCCGGUCGCUCCCCUGAGCCAUCACCAGAAAUCGACGAGCAUUUAUCAGAGCACUCGUUCAUGAUGAAUGACGAUUUAUCUCACACGAUAUCUCCCAGCAAAUAUGCCGACACUCUGGGCCAACCUAGCGUACGAAAUUCUAAGAGAAGUACAAAAGGGGGACGCAUUUUAGACAAGACCAGAGAGAUUUUCAACAAGACUGAUACCCCUCCAGUCUCGAAUCGCAUUCCCAGCAUUCAGGCUUGGUUGGAAGAACAGCCUGAUCCCUUCGUUGAGCACGACAUACAACCAGGGGCCGCAUUGCCCGAGGUCGAAGUUCCCAAGCCGCUCAAACGAGGCUCGCGGCGUACAAGGCCAAGCAGCGUGCAUUCUCCGCCCGAUCCGAAUAAGAUAUGGGAGUCCGUCACCACCUACCGAGCUCGGGAUGGGAAAGUAGGUUCAGAUCCCAUUUCUGCUGAGUCCAGUCCGAGGCUCGACAGCAGUGAGCGCCAUCAACAAGACCAUGUGUCAGCUUCGAGGCCCGCUCAACAUGGUGCCGAUGGGUCACCUAGCGCUUUGAGGCGGCGAGUGGCCGGGAGAACUGGACGGAGGCAAAAAUCGGAAACAUCAACCCGCCAAGUAUUGGUUGAAGACGUCAAGCAAGUCUCGAGAUCAUCAUCCAUUCAGGAAGACCAUCCAGGACAGAGAGAGAAGUCACCUGCUUCGGCGGGCCAACUCCAGCUCUCGGCCAUCAGCUCCGGGGAAGCCUCGAAGGAUUUCCCACCUCCCGCGUAUGAGGACGAGGAUCGACUUGCGCCUCUGGAAGGCCCCGGGUUGAAACGCAAGCUAACAACCCAUGAAGACCUAAUGUCAGUGCUCUCUUUACCAAUGCACAGGAGAAGCACAAGAUCACGCCGGAUUGCCAAAGCACUUCCGCCGCUACCCGCAGCCCAGAUUCUGGAGGGUCUAGUCGCUGAGGAAGCCAAAUAUGUCAAGGAGCUACGUACUUUGGUGGACGGAGUGGUACCGGUACUCCUCCAGGCCGUUCUAUCAAAGUCAAGCUCAAUUGCUGCAGCAGGCCUCUUUACCAACGUCACCGACCCCUCUGAUUUCAGCUUUACGAAACCGAUCAUCGACAUGGGCAUUGCCCUCGAGCGCUUGAAGUCUUUGCACAGUCGCAUACCGAUACAAAACAUCGACGCAUUGUUGGCGUGGGCUUUGAAUGCUCAGAGAGCUUACGGAGACUAUAUCAAAGCAUGGAGAUUGGGUUUUCAUGAUGUAGUUGUGAACCUGGAACCCUUGAAUGAUGGUCAAGAAACGGUUGAUCCGGGUAUGGCGCGAGAUGCUGAUGGAGACGUGGUCGAUGCUACGGGAGAGAAAGCGGAUGUUGCGUUUCUGUUGAAGCGGCCACUGGUCCGCGUCAAGAAUUUGGCAAAGACCUUCGAAAGCAUCAAGGUGGGAUACGACAAGACCAUUGCACUCGAAGUUGCACAAGGUUUCGCAGAUCUGACCGCGUCAGCUCGACAGCGUCAUCGUGAGGAGCAGGCCAGGCUCGAGGAUGAAGCGGCUUCUGCGCUUGAUGCAUCAAGGACUCGAAAUAUUCGCACCCUGGGCGCCUUGACCGGGAUGUCUCUCAAUAAGUCGAGGAAAGUCCGGGCAAGAGACGGCUUUGACCUUACACUCUGGCACUCGACCGGUCAGAGACUCGAUUGCCAGGUCGAGUUGAUCUUCCGCGACAAUCCACCGGGCACCUCGUCGGGAGGUGACGUCCUGAUCUGCGAGAUUGAUGCAGAAGACAAGUGGCUAUUGUUCCCACCUGUAGAGCUCGCGUCUAUAUCAGCUCGCAGAGGUGAAGAUGAUGUCGAUCUCGUGGUCAUGAUCCGUGGCCCUUCCGGGAUCGGACAGGAAUGGCACGAGCUCCUGGCAUUGAAGUCAGAUGAUGCAGAGGCAGUCAACGAAUGGAUGACUAUGCUUGGAUCAUGCCCGCUCCCGCCAAGGCUCAACCGUACUCGCAGCUUUUUGGAACGACGGAAGGAAGAAGCCAAAGCGCAAUCGUCCCGGCCGUCUACAUCGGACUCCAAGGCCGACGAUACCUCUCAAACGACGGUAUCCACCCAGUACGAUGUGCCACUUGGUGAGCCGUCGGUCGUCGGUGCUAAGGAGGAAACUACUCCAAAGAGCCGCAAGCCACUUCUCGAGAGGUUCGUUCCUCGUCUCAACUUGGGUGGCGGUCUGCAGACCAAGCAAUUUACACCGAGAUCACCACCAGGGAAUGUGCCCCAGAGAAAGCCAGUGCCAUCUGCGCUCUCAUCGGAUAAGUCGAGCGUCUCGGACCAAUCUCUCAGCUCAAUCGGCAAACAUGCAAAGGUUGCCUCGGCACCCACGACCCCACCACAAAGAUCAGGGCCCAAAUCUCCCAAAAAGAGUCUGAAGUCUCCGGUGGUGGCAGAUGAUUACAUGAUGUCUGGGGCGCUGCCAGUGUCGGCGAAUAGUGCAGGUGCAACUCCUCAGGCACUUCCGUCAGACGCACACCGACCGACAAGAGUUGAAUCAGGCCCAGAUGUUCGAGCUGCGCCUGAGUCGGAGAAGGUGAAGGGUUCCGGUCUAGGAAUGCCAUUAGAUUUACAUUCGGCACCAGAGCGACCGGGUUAUGCUAGGAGUCUAUCUGCAACCCCAUCAGAAGGACUUCCCAGCAUACCAAAGCUCAGAGGCAAACCCCAUCAGGAACGACCUAAGUCGAGUACACCAUUGACCGACUCAAUCAGGGAUCAAUGGAUGUCCCUCUCUGGCACAGGGAGAUCUGGCCAGCAGCUGCACGAAACGACGACGAGUCAGCUGUUCACAGAAGAUAUACCACCUCCACCUACGCCCAGCAAAGAGGCGAGGCCACAGCGGAAACCUCGAGCAGAAAAUUCGCCGCUGCCGACGCCGCCUCACCGUGAAGGAAGCGGAGCGUACAACAGUGCCCAGAACAAAGCGAUGGACAAACUGCCCAAAUUAUCACCCAAAUCGGAGCAGAGGGCUAAGAGGCGCUCUUCGUCGCCACUCAAGCACGAAUAUGCGCCGUCAACAGCCUCAGAGUCAUCUUCAGAAUCUGAUUCUGACGACGCAAGUGACAGUUCAUCGGUGACAUCAGAUGAUUUUAUGUCGGAGGUCAAGGACAUGGCGACACCAUUGGUUGCAGUCACUGCAGGCAACCGACGAGCGUCGCAGUUUGCUCGACCUCCGCCAUCAACUGCGCCACCAACGAACGGAACCCGAACACUGGCUCCUUCUGAUUCAGCGUCUCAGGGCCCAUAUCGGCGAGUGCCAUCCUCUACGACUGUACCCAGCAACCAGACGUCACGAGCGAUUGCGCUGAUAUGCUCAUGGUCUGACAGAGGCAUGUGGGAGCAGGUCCAUCCCGACGAGUGCUCAAUCGUCGUGUCCCCUGGUCUCAUUGAGGCUUUCCGGAUGUCGGCCGAGCACUCUGGUCCUGGCGGUGGCGGUGGCGCAGAAAGCGAGGACUCACAGUCACAGUCUGUAUCGGCUGACCCGCAACCACUGGUCGCAUUUGAGCUGACUCCAAUCGUGCCGCUGAGACGAGGCACGGCGCUAGACAUCAACAUUCGCUCCCCACCUACCUCGAAUUCGUCGUUGAGGACGACCAACAACAUCAUGUUUCGGUCACGGAACGCGGAUGAGUGCGACCUGCUGUAUGGCAUGAUCAAUUGGGCGCGAUGCAACAAUCCAACCUACAUCCAGCUGGAAAAAGCGCGACCGAAACAGUCGUCUGUGUCAUUCAACGUCGGACCGGCGCAACAGGGUGCUACUAGAUCCAGCUCAUGGUUUGGCUUUGGUGGAAGUCAGAAGAAGUCAAGUUUCCGUGCAUCAUCGGCUCCGAUGUCCGUAGGUGGCGACACAGAGGCCUCACACAGCACGGUAGCGACGGCUUUCUCGGCUCUCAAGCGACUGAGUGCCAGCACGGCCUUCAGCCUCAAUCGUUCUUCUGUCACGCGGAGGUCGGGCUGGAGUCGCACGAGUGGAUCGUUGUACUCAUCCAACAGUGGGACUGGCAGCGGCUCAGGCAGCAGCACACCCAUACCGAGUCAGGUCGGUUUAGUGCCAGGACGUGACGGUCCGAAUGUGCCUGGCACAAGUGCAGAAGCUGCCAGUGGCGGAGGCAUGGUCAACAACAUGAAGAUCCGUCUUUAUGUCCGCAAGGGUCAGAACUGGGGGGAUCUUGGUUCUGGCCGACUUAGCGUGUUACCAGCUCUGGAUGCAGCGGGUCAAGCUUUGGGCAAUGGCGCAUCCGAAAUAUCCUCACCGACGACCACCCCUGUCCGAGGUCUGCCAGGUAGUAAAGGUCCCCGUCUCGCGAGCUCGGGUCACACUCCCCAUCGAGUGCACGGAGACGGACGUGAGAAGCGGAUCGUGGUGCGGAAGAACAACAAAAAGAAUACUGAAGUCGUCCUGCUCGAUGCAGUCCUUGGCGAAAGUUGCUUCGAGCGCGUCAUGCAGACUGGCAUUGCCAUGAAAGUCUGGACCGAGCACCAAGGGGUGGCGCAUACAGGUGGUGUGAUGAUGGGCCGAGAACAGAUCUACAUGAUGCAGUUCCCGGGCGUGAGGGAAGCAGGGUGGGUAUUUGGUUUGGUGGGCAGUUAUCGGUAUGGUGCGGAUUGA